AUGAGUUCAUUACCAAAUCCUUCAAAUCUAGCUCUUACUCCUGGAAGGAGACAUAGACAUAGAAGGUCUGCAGCAAUUUCUGGAGACUUCGACCUGGUUGGACUCGGGUUGUUUUCGCCUACAGCCAACACUUACACGCAUACACUGAACACACCAAAUAAUACGACAUCGAGUGAAAAGGACGACUACGGAAAAGGUGGUGAGGACCUAGAUAGGCAUUUUAAUUUCAAUAACGAGGAUGAUUUUUGCAAGAAACCGACUGGAGAUGGCUUCUCAUUCCCUAAUAAAACACCAGACAUGAAUCAGAAUGACCAGCGCAGUUUCAUAGCUUUUACAUCGCCUCCCAGAAGACCAAAUAACUACUCAUUGAAUUCACCUAUAAGAUUGAAUCAUUCUAAAUCGGCGUCGACAUCAAAUACGCCUAAAACAAAGUUUUUUUUGACGGAGGAAACCAAUUUUAAUAAUGAAAAUGUACCGGAUGCAGUAAUUGAUCUUGAUGAAAUCCUAAAAGCUAACACAAAUCUGGAAGAUACGAAUUCACCAUCUAUACCUAUCCACAAACGUACCCAGCUGACGCCGCCAGAAUUAUCGGGACAUGAUGACUUCUUAGCAUCGCCCUUUUUGAAGCCCGCUUCUAGUCCGUUUAUUUCAUCACCUUUAUCGUCCAUUAAUAACCCACUUUUUCAACAACCCAUUAAAGAACAGACAAGUGAUAACGAUGAUAUUGAUGAUAUUGAUGAAGUCGAUGAACUCGAUGAAAUGGAGGUGGCGAAUGAGGACAAUCUCGAUUUGAUAGCUGACCAUGACGAAGAAUUUUUUACAAAUCCACAACACACAUUGGAGGGUCUCUAUUCAAAUUCAUCAGCUAAUUCAUCAUGCUCGAGUUUGCGCUCAUCUAAGGCUAUUGAAAAGACGUUAUCCAACACAUCGAACAAUUCUGGUAUUUCAAGUGGUAAAACUGACACGCUAUCACAUACCAAAAGAUCUGGUGCAAAAGCAAAUCGUUACCAGUCCUUUUAUGAUCAGUCUUUCAAGGUUUCAAAUGCUUUGAAAGUUUCUUCGUCUGAGAGCAUUAAUCUUGUUAGGUCGAACAGUAUCACAAUUAGGAUAGCGGGCACAUCUAAUAACAAAGAGAUGAGACUAUUAGGCCAUUCUUCAAGUUUACCGAGUCUCAAGUCUAAUACUCUGAAGCGGAUCACUUCAAAGCCUUCGAGGCUAGGAGAUACAAGGGCAACUGAUCGAUAUGGUGAAAAUAGAAAUAGUGAAUCUAGGGCUUUGCAUUUUGAGAAUACUGUACAAUUACCUUCGUCGUCUCCUCGAGUCAAGAAUUCAGUUGCGACGAAAAGCGAAAACAAAGAAGAGGUUAAUAAAAUUCCACGAACAGGGGAGAGUGGCCUCGGCAAGAAUAAUUCGACUAGUCCUACCAGCAUUACAUCAAACUACACUUCGCUUUCUAUAAACGGAACCGCUCCUUCUACAGAACAUUCGUCACUUCUAUCGCAGCAGGAUAUAACUAAUAAGCCUGAUAACAGUCCUUCGAAGCAAAUUAAUCAGUCUAACCAGACUACUCUCACAGACCUGAAUUCCGUGCGAAGCAAAACUAGUACGUCUAACACAUCCAUUAUUUCAGGCGCCAAUAAAUCUAGUAUCUCCAACAGAAGUACUGUCACUAAUAAUUCAAAUUCAACACCCCCAACGAUUGUGGUGAGCUCAGAUCAAGAUAGCUCACCUUCGACUGACGCAACUUUCGAAGUAAACGAUGAUGUACAAAUUCAAUUAGCGCCUUCUGCUUCUACUGUGGCUGUUUCCACUAUACCUGUAUCAGCCAAUCAAUUCUCAUCUCGACUUCCAUCUCCAAAGGAAGAGGCAUUUCUCAGGGAAAUAGAAAUUCCAUCAUUUAAAAAUUGCAAUAAUGGAUCGCCAAAAAAAAAUAGACAUUCGAGGUCAAAAUCAAAUGCUUUAGUAGAUGAGGUGGUAGCAAAUAUACCUAAUACUCAUGCAUUAGAUAAUCAGAGUCUAAAACUGAAAAGAAGAAGUAGUAAAUUUAUUAGUUGGUUUAAGCGUAAGUAG